AUGGGAACACCGUUCGUCUCCCUUCUGGAGCCAACAAGGCUCGACGCCUACAUCCGCGGCGCGCCGCACGACGAGCAGCCGGCGACGAUACCAAAGGAGAUUUGCGACGCCAUGGAGGUGCGCGAGGCCGUCUUUGUCGGGGAGCAGGGCGUCCCCGCCGAGAACGAGUUCGACGCCGACGACAGCCGCGCGUGCCACUGGGUCUCGUAUGCUUCUGUCAAUAAAGUCGUCGAGCAGGAGGUCCUCGACGAGGCUGGCAACGUCGUCCGGCCCCGCCGCAGUAGCACGCGCAGCACGCCCAUCGGUACCAUUCGCCUUGUGCCGUUUCCCCAUGCCCCGCACCCCAAGGAUGGGGGCGUUUAUUGGGAUGGGGUGUUGAAGGAGGAUCCUGCGGCGGAUGCUGCGCCGAAUGGGGAGAAGAAGAAGACGGUGGGGGACAAGGAGCGCAUGUCAGCGACAAAAGUCUUCGCGCCGGACCGCGCGACGGCGCUCCACGACGGGCGGGAGCCGUACGUGAAGCUGGGCCGGCUGGCUGUGGUCAAGGAGUUUAGAGGACACCGGAUCGCGAGGCUGCUCGUCACGACGGCGCUGGCGUGGCUGCGGGCGCACCCGAGCUACUUUGACCCGAGUAUCAAGGAGAUGGGCCUCGAGGCGAUUGGGGCCACGAGCGCCGAGGAGGUGCCCAAGUGGAGGGGUCUCGUGUGCGUGCACUCGCAGGCGGCCGUGGUGGGCGCGUGGGAGAAGUUUGGGUUCCGGGUCGACGAGGAGAUGGGGAUGUGGUGGGAGGAGGGUAUCGAGCAUAAGGGUAUGUUUAUGAGGUUGGAUGUCGGCGAGGAGACGCCCCUUCUUUGA